UUUAUGUUUAUUAACAAAAAACACUUAACCCCACUAGCUGGAAAUAAUCAGGGAAAGAUGCGAAACAUAUGAAUGCUGUUUAAUAAAAAAAAAAAAAGGAAAAUAAAAAAGGGAAGCGAUUACAUUUUGGUAGAUUUGAAAGCCUGUGAUACAUUAUGAUGGCUGGCUCGCAUCACUUAUGAAAAGAAAGUGAGUGAGGCUGUUUGGCAUACGUAUAAAGUAUUAUUAACAAUUCAUAGCAGAUUUGAACACUGAUCUUUAAAUACAUGCAGACACUCACAUGUGGUGUUCGUUUGGGUUAAAAUAAACAUUUUCGUCUUUUCUUCAUGUUGCAUCCCUCUCAUAACUGUAGUCUUUUAACACCGUGCCAACCAAACCUGAAAGAAUAUCGUGAAUUUGAAAAAGGCAAUAUUUUGUAACGCCGAGUCCCUUUUUUUUUUAAUCGAAGGACUUUAGCAUUCGUUUGCACUUAAUUGGCUUGUCUUAACGUUUGAUGCAACCUGACCCUUACCCUAAAAAUAAAAAGCGCCGUCCAACCUCAGUCUCCCCUGCACAGCUCGGAAAAGCCACUAGAGCAAAUGCAAACGUCUCUCAAUCACGUGUGUCUUUUCUGUUUCUCUUUGGCCAGAUGCUUCCAGGUCGUGUUACUGUUCUACAGCCCGUUACAGGUGCUAGCGGUGGAAAAUGUUAACUUUGGAGUGCACGUGGAGAAUCAGACAGGGGUGCGGGACGGCCUGAGCCGGAAACACCAUCGGGUUUACCAACUAUACAGUCGGACCAGCGGAAAACACGUCCAGGUGCUGGGCAAAAAAAUCACUGCCGUGGGAGAGGAUGGGGAUAAAUAUGCCCAGCUCGUGGUGGAGGCAGACACCUUCGGUAGUCAAGUGAGAAUAAGAGGAAAAGAGACGAACUACUACUUGUGCAUGAACCGCAAGGGGAAGCUAGUGGGGAAGAAAGACAGCAGCGGAAACGGAGGCUGCAUUUUCAUCGAGAUAAUGCUCGAGAACAACUACACCGCUUGGAUGUCAGCGCACUACGUUGGCUGGUACAUUGGCUUCACUAAAAGGGGCCGGCCGCGCAGAGGUCCCAACACGUUACCCAACCAGCGAGACGUGCAUUUCAUGAAACGCUUCCCUCCAGGAGAGCAGCCAGACCUUCAGCCCUGCAGCUUUACCACGGUCAGCAAGAGGAGCAAAAGAGUCCAGCAGACCUCCACCGCUCCUCCACCGCUCCAGUAACACAACAAACACCGACCGUCGCGCAAAGAUCUCGUCUUACAGAGGAUCUAGAGACGCUCUUCCACACAACGCAAGUAGGUUAGGCUUUAGGACCGACCUCUCGGUAGAAGUCACAGCCGAAGGACAGACAAGGUUGCUUAAACAUUGUGUAAUCAUGCAAAUAUAACCAAAGACUCCUGGGCGAGUGUCCAGUCACUAAACCCUGACAACAAGGGGACCAAGCACUUCAGAGGCCAAAGAAUUCCCCUCUAAUGUCCAGUGCCACUAUAAAAGAGCAAAGAGAUCUACUUGCGUCGAGCCGUAUGGACGGAAAACUGGCAAGUGCGUGGUAUAAUAUGCAUUAGUUCGAGACUUUGCGACUUGGGUGCUCAUGACCAAAUGGGCAAUUCCAAGGACCUGCUUUGUGAACUCAAUAAAUGUCGGGUCUAUAAGAGCCGUGAGAUUGUAAACAAGAACCAAAGUCAUUCAGAAUGUAUUUUCAAGAAAAUCUUAUUAGUGAACGUGUAGUUUCGGUUUUGCCUCAGAUUUUUCACAUUUCGCCAGGAACGCCAAAAGGUCCUGCGAGCGAUAUACACUGCCGAUCAUGUUUGGAGUUGGAGAGAUUGUUUUUGAAAGAAGCUCCUAUACUAAACAGAAAAUACAGGAAAAAAAACUGUAGUAAAAAAAACUAAUAUGCUCAAGAAAUGUCUGGAUUCGAAUGUUGAAAACCGUUGUGCUGCUCCACGUUUAGUGGAAAUUGAAAUUCCAAAAGUACAGCAUAGCGGCCUUUAAUAUCACAGUUGAUAAAUGUAAAAAGUCCUUUCUGAUUAAAACCUCAAUUACCUUAAACGGCGGUGUAAACCUCUGACAUCACAGAAUAUCAAAUUAAAUAUUCCGACCACUAAUAAAAACGUCAAAAUCCCCCCCACGAUCCACAAAAGUGUGAAAAAUGCAUGCGAGCGAACACUGAUCUGCACUGACGUUCACAGUGGUUUUAAAACAAAAUAUCCAUUACUGGCUACAACAGGAGUUGGCUUUCACUCUAGAGAGUUAAAUGUAUCAAGAGUUAUUUGAACUGACCCCGGAGCUUCCAGCCCUGCAAGUGUUGUAACGCUAAAUGUUACUGCGGUUGCUGUUGCAAAUUACUCUGUCCCAGAACCACUUGGGGCUGGUGAAAUCUUGAAAGAUGAAAUAUUUUGAUACUAUUCAUGUUAUUAAAAUAUUUAUUUUGUGGAUGCAUUGAUGAACGGGUUUUAUCUUUUGACAACAUUAGCCUGAACUUCGGUGCGUUUAAAAAGGUCCAAACUCUCACUGCUUCAACGCCACCUGGUGGACCGAGAGGGUAUAAACUUCAGGCCUUAAAAAGGCACACCAGAAUGCCAAACAUGUAAAACGGACUACAACUAGUUUAACCAUAAGAAAUCUAAACUGUAGAGCAAAACCAAGACGACUUGAACGCAUUAGUACUUUUAUGUCUGUACUCUAGUCAUCUGCUGCAUUCCAGAUCAGCCAUACUGGGCAGUAGUUGUCUCUCCCGUUUGCAGACCGACUUUGAUCCUCCCUCUUUAUAAUGUCUUCUCUCUCACAUCCACCCUUACGUCUCGCAAUCUGACGGCAGCCUGCCAUCAUUCAUUCCAACGGAAUUCCAUUCUAAAAGUUCGCGCAAGACGGAGCUCGGCGAUCAUUGAGAUUUCGGACCAAAAAUACUGCUGUGCGUUCAAACAUUUUUUGAAUUGCUACGGAGCCGAACUGGGCUCAUAUUGUGACCGUUGCCAUGGCGGCGUUUAUAAGGAAAGCUGAAAUCAAAUAAGACGAAAAUGACAGUACUGCCAAUUUCCACAUAUUCGGAGCAGGAGGUAAACUUAAAUAUUUGAACAGCGGCCCUGCGAUUUUUGGAGGUCUUGGCAGGCACAGCAGCAGGUUACUGAAAUCUGGGCCUGUCGGAAAGCCUUUAUCUCAAAAGGGCGAAUCAUGCGUACAAACACACA